GUUUUCCCCCACAACCACAAAUAUUUUUCAAUCCAAUAGGUCGUGGAUUUAUACCGCAGCAGAUGCCAAUGGCCCCAGUGAAACAAAAGCCGGUGACAACUGUGUUCGUAGGAAAUAUCUCUGAGAAAUGCAGUAAUGAAUUUAUGCAGCAAAUGCUUCAGGAAUGCGGCACGGUUACAACUUGGAAGCGAAUCCAAGGUUCGAAUGGAAAAUUUCAAGCGUUUGGUUUCUGUGACUUUGAGGAUCCACAAGGAACACUGAGAGCAUUAAGAGUGUUGAACGAUUUCCAAAUCGGUGAAAAGAAAUUGGUGGUAAAGGCGGAACCAAAAGUUCGUGAAGAGCUUCGUGCAUGGGCCAUCCAGCAUCGGAAAGAUACUGGAAAGCCCGAGCUUAAAUUAAAAGAAGACGAAUUGCCGGCUGACGAAGAUGAUAUGAAGAAAGAUGAAGAAGUUCGUCUGAAAAUCUUAGCGUGGAUUGAUUCGGAUCAUCCACAGCUUGUGACGUUAGCAGAAGAUGGAGAGCUCUCGGAUAAAGAAGCUAAAGACGCAAAGAAGGAAAAGGAGAAGCAGAAGGACGACAAGAAGCGCGAUGCAGGAACGGAAAGUAAAAAGGUUAAAUGUCGCCAAUGCGAUCUCCCAU